UUACAUAUCACCUGCCCGAGCCUUACUUUUGCCUCCUUGUGCCUACAACAAUCUGCCUGCCACGUUUCUGUCAACGUUUGAUCUACUAUGGAUCGCUAGAGAGCUGCCCAAUGUUUUCACCCAUGUUACUGCUGCUUUAGCUGCGAUUGUGUUCUGGGGUCUCGUCUGUCUCUUCCCUCCCUCCUCGGGACAUCUGGUGUAGAAGCUUGCGCUGCAGUUACUUAUGGCGGCUUGGCACCACAAGCGAACUUUUUCGUCCCCCAAGUUUUCUUCACUGACGCGACUUUAGACCCCGACUUUGGGCAUCUAGAAGGGUGAUUCAGAUAUUCCCUUCGUCGGAAUAAACCUUUCCUAUCUGAGUUGAUUUCAGACCACUCCUCCUGAUCUUCUCUUCUGGCGUCGCAAUGGCUUCUGUCGCUCAAAGCGACUUGGAAGUGGACAGCCAUACUUCGGACAUGGCCAGCCAGGACUCCCCUCUGCGCCGACAAUUCUCCGAGCCACUCAAUGCUCAUUCUACCUCAACCCAGGCUUCCCCAUCCCCUUCUCCUGUGACUCAAUGGACUAAAUGCACGCUGUGCGGAAAGCUUAUUGAGUACAACAAAGGUUCUGAUUCUCAGAAUAAUGUUAUGAAAGACCAUAUUGCUACUGCGCAUCCAUACCUCACUGCACCUAAGAUGCAUCGUCUGGCUUCAGGCGGCGGCGAUGAUGAUCAGUCACAGUUAGACGACGAAGAGCAAGGGGACGACGAAAGCGUGGACGAGCAUGCAGAGGUUGACGCAAGUGAUCUUCAGGAAGCUGAGGAUGACGACGACAACCAUGUCAACAACGCUCUAGAAAACGGCGUGGCCGAUUCGACCGAAGUUGACGAUGAGACCUACAAACUCCCAGAAGAUGCUGAUGGCGAAGAGCCAGAAGCUGACGCUCCUGAAAUCGAUGGCUUGUCGAGUCAGUUACAUGAAUUUUCGCGCGCUCAGGAUCCCGUGACUUUGGAUCAACGUCUCCACAACCUCUGGAACGUCCAUGACAUUCACAAGUUCUGCACUGAUCAUGAUGAGAAAACUGCCAAUCUUGAACAGUCAUGGUCCACAUUGGUCAAGGAGUCGAAGCGUCCCAAGAAGCGCGAAGCACAUGAGGAACUGCGAGACCGACCAGAACCGUACAAGGUAUCUAAGGUCGCUCCAGGAGAAUUCCUCGAGAUCACACCCCUUGAGGAUUUUCUAAGUCAGCUUCGAGACCCCGAACACCGUUCAUACGAGGAGCUCUAUGCUAUUACUGAAAAUGUCGCUUUUGCGCUCAAGGCAUGGCAAGAUGAGUAUCUAGCUAUCGAAAAGUUGAACAAGCACGCGACCCGACACAACGCUAAGCCCACCAGCGACCCUAGGAAACUGCUGAGGCCGCAAGUCUUUGAAGACAAGAAAGAGUCUAUGCUUUACGGAUACAAGUAUGAGCCGAAGGAAGAUAAGGUCGGUUGGCAAAAUCCGUUCACCCAAGGCGGCUUCAAACCGACCCCAGCCCAGUACCGCAAAAUGACAGCCAAGCUCGGGCUCAACCACCCCAACCCAGAUGGCUGGCCUACUAUCAUGAAGUUCGGAGUGGAGCACGUGCCCAAAUUCCAGAAUCCGCCUCGGGAGGACUUUGUUGGUAAGGCUACGCGCAAGCGUAAGGCUGCGGAAUUAGAGGCAGCCAAUAGAGAGAAGGCGUCGUCAGUCUCAGACGAGGCUGCUACAGAUUCACCCGCCCCGGCGGAAACAGAAGACUAUCCACGUCAACGACGCACCCGCGCCCGCCGCCAAGGUACAGAUGUCGAGGAUCAAUCCGAUUCCGCCUCCGCUCCGCCAAUUCGGUUUGCCACGCGCGGUCGUGGUAGCGGUCGUGGGCGGGGGCGUGGCGGCAUUCGAACAAUGGGGAUCAAUGGCUCAUCCGAGUCGUCCCAAGCGCCAGCGCCAGUGGCCCCUCCCCGUUCGUCGACAAUUCGCAUCGAGAAACCUACCGCCGCGAUUAUGCAGGUCCGACCUGGAACCGUUCAAUUGGCGCCCAUUGAGCCAGCGCCGAGUGCUAAUCAGCCCGCUGCACCUCCAGCAGGCACAUCAAUGGGAGGCACCCCAGAGGAUUCUAUCGAUCCUGCCGAGCUUGCUCGACGACAGAAGAUCGCCAACUCAAAGAACCCGAAACGGACAGAAGCCAUGCUCAACCACUGGGCCCGGUUUAACAAAGAGGGGCGGGUUCGCAAUCCCAAACGCUCCAAAGCUCAGAUUGAGGCGGACCGCGCAGCGGAAGCUGCUCGAAAGGCUUCCGAACCGCCCAAAGCUGGGCCACGCAAGAAGAAAAUGGACAGUCCGGGCUAUGGAGGGCCCAGGAUCGAGCAGGGAAUCGCACCAGCUCCAGCUCCGAUCCAGCCUGCUGCACCCCCUACUUUGGCUCCUGGUCAUCCGCCCCAUCCUCAGUUGGCGCCGCUGCCUGCGCCGCGACCUUCUCUGAAUCCUUAUCCACCCAUUGAUACCCGGGGAGUCCCUUUCCCUGGACCUCACACUCUAUUUCAGCAGCCGGCGCCUCAACCUUACCGCACUCCUUAUCCCGAGUUCUACAGUAGUCCAUACGGUCCACCUCAGCUACCACACCCAGCCCAUCCGCGGCCUGCUUAAGAGCAUCGACCUGUCAUCUUGAACUCUACCGCACAAACCCCAGGAUAAUUUUGGAGGCACCGUGUACAUUACCGUGUUUUUUUGUGCAUAUGUACCACCAUCCUUGUGAAAGAGACAGGAGAUUCUUAGGUCUACUGUGCUUGUUGUCUGUUUUGUUCCUUUCUCGUGUCUUGCAAGCGAUUGGCGCCGGGGCUUUAU